GCGUCCUCCGAUUUUAUUCACGGAAAGUGUAUCGCCAUAUUGCUUCCGUGAACUCAGUGAAAUAUUUGUACAUUUCUCUUCAAUUAUGACUGUAAUAUCAAAAUGAAGUGAAUUAAAACAAACCACAGUGUGUUGGAAACUGUGGAGAUACAUUUUUAUGCAUCUCAGUCUCUGAUAUUGCGUGAAAAAGCGUCGAGCAGGCGGAAUGUCGUUCGAAAAAAUGGAAGUGGUGAACCCUGCUGAGAAAGAGGCGAGCGAGGUGCUGCAUUCAUUGCUUUCUGUGGAGCGGCGGAGCGUGGACAGCAAGGAGGCGAUAAUAGUGUCCAUACCAGCGGACCAGAACGGCGGCGGCGAUUAUGGCGAGAGUGCACAGUGGCACACCCCUGUCAUGGGCCAGCACUCGGUUUUUGAGAUGGGAGGACAGAAUAUGCAGCAACAUAACUACAAUGGUCACCAAGAGCAGGUUCUAUGGCAAGGACACACAAUACAGGUGGAAAAUGGUACAGCCAGUUUGCCAAACAUACCUGGUACCUACAGUAUUGAGUUUGAGCCGCAUGUUGAGGGUGAACCAGGAGACAUGGAAGUUGACACUAAACCCAAAGUUGAAAAGAAAACGGGUAAUAAAAAGAAGAAAAAAACAGAAUCUGAUAGCGAUGAAGAGGUUCUGGACAAUAAACUCGAGGAUAAUCCUGCACAGGUCAAGGAGAGACUACGAAGAGGCUGCGAUUGUAAAGACAAUUGUUACCGGGGGCUUAAUCCUGAAGCAGUCUACCGUCACAGACUCAAUAUUGCUGAGCUGACUAAGAGUGAGCAUGAUAUGUACCUGAUGGGCAUCACUAUGGCGAGCUUGGCGAAUCCAGCCGAGACUUCACGCCACAAAGUGAGGAGGAGACUUAGAGCAUGUUAUGUUUACCAAGGGAGGAAGGUAUGCUUGGAGGCUUUUUUAUAUCUUGAGAAUGUUACUCAUUAUCAGCUGAAGCGGAUCAGACAGCACGUAAUGACGCACGGUGUUGCACCGCGGAUACACGGCAACGUCGGUAAGAAGCCAUACAACACAUUUACUCUUGAUAUUUACAAACAUGCAACUAAUUUCUUGAAGGAAUAUUUGAAACAACAUGCUAGUUCACCUAAAGAUGUUCAACCAUCUGGGGAAAGUGGUAAGAAAGCCAGUAAGACUGUCAUUAUUCAAGGAGAUUCACGGAAACAUUUAUUCGAGGCUUACAAAGAGUAUGGAGAGAUUCUCGAACCAGGAGUAAAACUCAUGGGUUAUUCAACUUUCCGUGCAUUCAUGAAGGACCAGUUCCCUCAUGUUAAAUUUGCCACAAAGAAGCAAGAUAUACCCAAAGACAUGGUGCCGUUCCGCAGUGGUAAAUGUAUGUCAUAUGAUAAGAACAAAGACCCCAUUAGACUACAACAGGAGAAAGAAAAAGCAGAUGCUAAGAAGGCAGCUAUGGAGGCUAAGAAGAAAGAAGAACAUGAGAGAGAGCAGCAGGCACAACAACAGGCUCAGCAGCAGCAACAACAGCAACAGCAAGUGCAGCAACAACAGCAACAGCAGCAACAACAACAGCAGCAGCAACAAGUACAACAAGUACAAGUUCAACAGCAUCAACAGAUGCAGAACCAGGCACAUGUGGUUAUACACCAACAGCAGCCACAACAACAACAGCAAAUGCAACAACAAAUGUUGGUACCGCAAGUAAGCCAACACCAACAAGUGCUCACUCAGCAAGGUGUACAGCAAGUGGCUCAGCAGCACUGUGUGCAGCCCCUUGGAGUCUCGGAGGAGGGUGGACAGCCAGUGGAAAUGGCACAACAAGUGAUACCAUUGGCUGUAGUGCAACAACCACAACAAGCUUAUAUUGUGACACCUGUUUCACACUUCCAAACUCGUGUUCAGGGAACUUGGUACAGGCAUUGACAGCCAAUAAUGGCUAUCUAAGUUUCAAGUCAUGUGAAACUGCAAAUGCAAUCAUUUGUACGUAACCUAAGAUCUCGCGACGACUGAACUGUUGUAGAAUGAAACGGUUCCUUGGAAAAUCUGGUUAAUUGAAACGCCACACGUAACUUUGGCAAUAAGUUAGCAAGGAUAGUUAGGUAACACCUUUUCAGUAUUGGUUGAAAAACUAAUUUAAUAAAACUAUCUGUAAGUAUAAAAUUUAAUCAUAUUUACACCAUUUAUAUUAGCAAUUAGCUAUGUAGUUUAUUUUAGAAUUAUGUAAUGUGGUUUUCCAGCAGAUAACUAAAAUUAUUUUUAUUAUGAGUAUAGAUAGACAUUGUGUAGAAGCUUCAUGGGUUGCAAGUAAGAAGAAUUGCGUAAGUAGUGCUUACAUCCAAAUAAACUCUUGAGAUAUGAGCAAAUUGAUUGCACCUGUUGAUCAACUGAUCAACCUGAUGGAUCAACUGUCCAAGACUUAGUUUGGAUGUAUGCAGAAGUCGCGGGAAGCGGCAUGUUUGUCUGUGACAAGCAAAUGUUUAUGAUCCAUGUAGUGAUUACCAGUGAUGAGCACAUGCGGGCCAUAAGUUUGCUUGUUGCCACAAAGAUCUAUGCUUCAAUCAGAUGUUGGCAAUGACAGCUAGCAGUUUAGUAGGAGGAUGUUUUACAAUAGCGAUCAAUUAAUUAAUCACAAUGUUAUGAUCGACAUGUUAUUUUCGUGUAUCAAAGAGCAGUGCCUUCAUAAUAUGAUGUGGAUUUUGACAUAACUCGUGCGAUUAUAAUUUCGGAAUUAAUGUUUAGAGUAAAGUAAUAAUAGGAUUUUAAUGAAAGGUGAUGUAUUACAGUGCUUUAGAACAUUUUCAAUGACCAGUUAACCAAUGAAUUAUUUUAGUAACAUGAAAUUUAUUGGGAAAGAUCCUUUUAUAUUUCCCAUUGUUAAUAGUGACAUCAAGAAGGACAUUAUUUAGUAUGUAUUUGGUUUCUAAAUUUUUUACUGAUUGAACUUACAUACAUAUCAAAUUGUCAUAACAAGUGUUCUACAUAAAUAUUAUCUUCAUGAUUCUGUACUCCAGUAAAAGGAUUGUGAUUGGGGUUCGCAAACGCACUAAAAUUAUUCUGAGGUAGCAUUGUAGAUUAUCAUCCUAUAGGUACAGUACCCGAAUGGAAUUUUAAGUUUCAUAAAGUCAUACUACUCUUGUAUUUUUAUCUUCCACAAUGCAGUACAGCAAUAAUCCACACAGCAAUAUAUAAAUAUAUGAAAACCACAAUAUUAUGUAUUGUGACUUAUCACAUUUUACUAUCACAAUAAAAGGACGCUUAUUUUAAAGACAACUUUUAUUCAAAGAUAUGCAUUUGUUCCGCGACAAACGCACUUAGUUUUAUAAAACUAUUCAAUUGUCGAUCAAGAAGGCUGACUUUCUAAAAGCUGAGUUACAGGACCUCGGCUAUGAGUUAAUGUGUUAGUAAGGAUUUAUUUAAUAAGUGCAGACAAAGUUAGGUAGUUAUUUUAAUACACUAGAGUUCUAGUGUGUCUAGUUUUAAUGUGGUGACCAAACAUUGCAAUGAAACCAGUUUUUAAAACCAUAUGAUUUCUGGCAGGCUUCAAAUUCACAUUUGCAAGUAUAUUUAUUUUCUUGCGUUUGAUUUUAAUAGAAAUGUAUUGUAAGAUUUUUUAAGAAUUAAUUUUCAUUUCUCAAAAAAUCUUACAGUAAUGUAAGAUUUUAAGUAAUGAUUUUGAAUGAAUUCUAUUGAUUUUAUUUUAAAUACACUAUCCUGUAACGUUUUAAGAACAUGACGAAUAAAAAUAUGUGUUAAAACUAUACCAUCGGGCUGGCGGCCUCCUGGUCAAUGAGAUAAAAUAAUUAAAUGGGGACCUGAAGGAAAUGGCCACUGUUAAGGUAUCUACGUAAUCUUACUUUAGGAGUUAGAGUAUAUGAAGUGCUCAAGAGAAAUGGCUCUUGUACAAGUAUAUAUUGCACAUGUAAUUCAACAUUAAUACAAUAUACUUCAUAUGAUUGUACUCUGAAAUUGGCUUAUUUUUUAUCCCAACGAUAAUAUUACUUUUUAGAAUCAAUAAAGAUUUUAUUCUGCUGUUUGGGUUUCAUGUCAAAUUAAUCCUGAGCUGAUUAUGUCCUCGCGAUAACAAGACUAGGAAGUAGUUUUCAAACGAGAGACUAAGUAAAAAUCUCAUUUUAUUUUGGAAUAAGAUAGAUGUAGCGUAACUUAUGUAUAACUGAUAGACGUGUGUAAUCAUAAUCAAUUUAAAUAUAGACAGUACAGAAAUGUGCCUAGAAAUUAUGCUUAUCCCUGUAUUUUUAUAGUGCAAUAACAUGUAAGAUUCGGAGCAGAUUUUAUAAAGGAGAUUGUCGAUGUAUUCAAAUAUUCUUUUAAAUAAAGCCAGCAACGCCGAUGAAAAGCAAAUCACCAUGUUCGUACAAUUAUCACCAACUAAAAAUUGUUUGAGCUCACAAAACAGUCAUUUGCUUCGAAUCGUAGUGAUUUGCCCUUAGCAACAAAUUCGGCAUCUAUGUUCCAAAAUUAUUACCGUAGGAAGACAUGAUGUGAUAGAAAUUAAACUUUUUUACGCUA